AAAGAAUUUCAACAAGAAAACUUAACUUUAAUUUCAGAAUUGAUCUGUUAAGUGCAGUUUUCCCGUGUUUCAGAUGUUUAUAGGGCUGACAGAAGGCAGGAGCCUGCGCACGAGACGCAGCGACUGUGACCUCGGGACUUAUCCGCAUGAGGGAAGAAAGUGCUGCCUUUGUCCCACAGGUUAUAGGGUCUUGAAAGACUGCACAGAUACAAAUAACACAUAUUGUGAGUUGUGUGAGCAUGGCUCCUAUAUAGAUCACCCGAACAGUGAGAACAAAUGCUGGCCUUGUAAAGUCUGCGAUUCCAAUGCAAACAUGGAAGAAAAGGGGAGUUGUUCGGAAUAUUCCAACACUGUCUGCAGGUGCAAGAAUUGUUUUUACUGUGACAAGGGUAUCCUGUGCAAGGCCUGUUAUCCAUGUGACACGUGCGAGAAACAUGGAGUGAAAGAAAAUUGUACAGAGACCACCAACACUGUGUGCCAUGAUGCCAAAGAGCCUGAAAACCACCAAGGGGCCACUGUAGCUGUUUUGAAACCCCCACCACUGGAAGAUUUAGACCUGGACCCUCACCUACUAGAUAUUGUUGACGUUCUGGACUGGAAAACGGUGAAACAUAUUGCCAGGCACAGUGGCAUGAGAAAAGCUGAAAUUGAGGAGCAUGAGCUUAACAACAAAAAUGAUGUGCAAGAACAGAAAUACGCACUUCUGCAUGCUUGGUACGAGAGACAAGGUUUACGUGGAGCCUACCCAGCUCUCAUCAAUACUCUGUAUGAAAUGAAGCAACGAAAAACAGCAGAUGAGAUCCGGAAAAUUGUUGAGAAGGGACAGAACUGAAUGAGGUGUGAAGUAAAGAUGCACAGUGUUAAAAUAUAGGAUUAUUCCCUUGACAUUAGAUAUGGAGGAAUAUGGAUAACAAAUUGUGAUUUUACUUUUCAUCUUGUUUAAAUAAUGAGG